AUGCCAACCCCGAGUGACAACCCGACUUCGAUCGCCGAGGUGAUCUCCACCCGCACCUGUCCCCCGGAGGUCGAUCGAAUCUCCGCCUGGGAAGACGAGUCCGAUGACCUAAACACGCGCGAUGUCUUGGAAGAUGUGCUCUCACCUGCCAGCGCCACUGCACCGUCCGUACUGAGUCGCUCUGACGAUGGCACAACUCUCUUGGCGACCGACCCGCUCAGAGUGGAGAGGAAGAUAGCCCCGGAUGAAGAUACUAGACCACCUAGAUCUACCUCGCCGAUGGAGUCGUGCUCUCGUAGCCAGUCGCCCGUUACUUCUAACUCGUCGCUAAUGCGUUAUGAAUUUUCAAACGUUCGGCUGUUGCCGAAUCAUUCCUCGUCAUUUCUUCGUUCUGGAAGUAGAUUCGUCGGCACCCAGCAGUCAGACCGCCAGGUGUAUAAUGUUGAUGUUGAAAUUAAGCACGUGGACAUGGCCGAAUCUUACCUGUGCGGUUACCUACGCAUCCAAGGCCUCACUGAGGACCAUCCAACCCUGACCACGUUUUUUGAAGGCGAGAUUAUUGGCACAAAACAUACUUUUGUGACCCGUAAUGAAGAAUGGGGCGCCAAUGAAAAAACAGACGUACAUCACUGGUCUCGAUUUCCCGCUUGGAAACCGCUCGCCAAACAAGCGAAGCGGACCGAUUUUACAUACCGCAACUUUGCACAGCGGGAGCAUGUGUUCAUGAGAUGGAAGGAGUACUUCCUUGUCCCUGAUCACCGGGUACGAACGAUCUCCGGCGCAAGCUUUGAAGGGUUUUACUACAUCUGCUUCAAUCAAGUAGAGGGAUCUGUGAGCGGUGUUUACUUCCAUGCGAAGAGCGAACGGUUUCAACAACUUGAGCUCAAGCAUGUCGAGGAUCGGGGAUGCGCCCCAGCAGUCGAGUUCCGAUAA